AAACUCUCUUAUUUAUUAAUGUGAAUUGAACGAGGCAAAGUAACAAUAAUCACAUUGAAAGUGCAAUGAUAUAGUUGCAUACGCAUUUGAAGAUGAUGAACGCACGGGUGGUUGAGAAAGAGGACGCUGUGCCGCGACUGCAGCUGUUUAAUUGCGCUUACACUGAUUGUGGCGCGACAUUCGUCCGUCAGUGGCGUCUGCUGGAGCACGAGACCGUGCAUACCGGUGCGCGACCUCACAAGUGUGUUGUAGCAGGAUGUGGACGCAGUUUCACCCGUAAAUCGCACCUGAGCCGACAUGCUUUAAUACACAGCGGGGUGAAAGACUUGAAGUGCAGUGCCGCUGCAUGUGGCAAGAGCUUCUUCACCGCUGAUAAACUUAAGAGGCACGUGCGGUACGCUCACAGCGAGAAACGCGAAUAUUUCAAGUGUGAAGAGCCAAAGUGCGCAAAGACGUUUAGGAAACGGAGAGCGUUAAAACUGCACCUGGCGACGCACGGUACAUCCAGUUUCAGAUGCUUGAAAAGCGGAUGUGGAAUGAGGUUCGAGUCUCACGUUGCGCGGAAAGCACAUGAUAGGAGACAUUCAGAUUUUAAUUCGCUGGUUAUUUGUGUUAAGCACCCACAUAAGCGGAGCAGCAAGAGUUGGCAGAAACGUUUGGAAGGGCGAAAUCGUCGUCCUCUAGUUGAAGACCUUCGCUCUCUCUUUUCAUUACGCAUGAAGAUCUCUCCGAGGGCCAAACUGGAAGCUGAUCUGACAGGCCUCUUUAAUGAGCGUAAAAUCCCACACCAUGUUGAUCCUGAAGUAAACCUCAGAGAUCUGUUCAGUAUCCGUCCGACUAAGGUUGCUGAUAAAUAGAAUUUUUUUUUUUCUUUUUUUUCCGUGUAUACAAAUACUGUGCUGACAUGAAUUCAGUUUAAAGGAAAAAUGUUUUGUUUCAGGUGUUAGUACUUGAGGUACAGAAAUUUGUUUAUUGAUUUACCAUUGUUUGAGAAACAAUAUAAAUUUAAGUUCUGUCUGUAUGAUUAAAAAUAAAGGAUUUAGUUUUGUCCGUC